UUUCUUUUGAUCUUAUCCAAGAUUCCAACAACUCAAAAAACUUAACAUAGUCUGUUAAGCAGACCAAAAUUGUAAUGGGCUCAGGUCCACUCAAUCCACACAACACUCUUUCCCAAUCUUCUUCCCCACUGCAAGAAAUCAGUUUGUGAGGAAGCAGAAAAAUUUUAGCUUGACAGUUGUUUAUGGUUAGAGUGCAGCAAUGUUGGCUGUAAAUGCAUCUCCACCAGGCUCAGCUACUUGUGUUGAUUCCAACCAUUUGAUCCUUUCUCAAGGUUUUCAAUCCAAUGGUCUCUUCUCUGCAAAGAAAGUUCUUUCAGCUGACAUAUACAAUAUUUCAAGACCUCAUUGUAUAGUGUCUGCUUUGCGAAAUUCUAAUAAGAAAGCCAAAAAUCUCUCAAAGAAGUCAAAAACAAGAACUUUGCAAAGUAAUCGCAUUCCAUCAAAGGACAACUCAGAAUUACCAGGGGAGUCUCUUGUACAAGAUCGAAGUAGUUCUGACAUCGAUCUUGAGCUAUCUAGUGGUAGCCUAAAAGACAAUGUUCCAGUUGCAAGCUCAAGUAGGAGCGCCGUGCUUCAAGCAUGUGUCUUUACAUCUGGUUGUUUGCUUGCUUUAGGUGCGGUAGUCAGACAGGUUUCCCAUAUUGCAUUUACAGAAGGAGCACCUGUCUUUGAUGCGACAGCAGUAUCCUUUUCUUUUGAAGCAUGGCAUGUUGAAUGGAUAAUCGGAUUGGUUAUAUUAAUAUCAUCUUGUCGAUACAUACUACUGAAGACAUGGCCUGAUUUUUCAGAGUCCAGUGAAGCUGCUAAUCAACAAGUCCUCGGCUCCCUUCAACCUUUGGAUUACAUCAUUGUAGCAUUUCUACCAGGAAUCAGUGAGGAGCUGCUUUUUCGUGGGGCAGUGCUACCAAUCUUCGGUCUCGAUUGGAGAAGUGCAUUGGCAGUUGGUGCAAUUUUCGGAUGUCUUCACUUAGGGAAUGGCCGGAGAUAUUCUUUCGCCAUCUGGGCGACAUUUGUCGGCUUUGCCUAUGGCUUGGCUACUAUUAAUUCCUCGAGCAUUGUCGCGGCAAUGGCUUCGCAUUCCUUGAACAAUCUUGUUGGAGGAAUUCUAUGGCGCUACACAACUGUUUUUGAGCGAAAGAAAAAUGAUUUGAAGUAAUACUUUUUCAUUUGCGUAUCGUGUCACGACACAAUUGCCACGAGGAAAACUUUUUCCAACUGUUCUUUUGUUGUUGUGCAUAUUCUUUGAUAAACGAAUCUCUCGGGAAUUUUUGUGCAUGUCUUUGAUGUUGUAUUUAUAGUUAUGAAAGCAAAUGUAAACUUUCCUAUUUUACAUGCAGAGGAAAGAGUUCUGAAGAUAAUAUGUUUUGAACAUAGAAAUGUUAUCUUACAGGUGCCUAAAUGACUGUUAGAAAUUAUCACCA